GGCUGGUCCAGCGCUGUCCCUGGUCAUAAGGUUAAUUGGGCCUGAUGUCUGUGGGCUAGAGGACCUGCUUCGCGGCCAUAGCCCCCGUGCUUUGAGGAGAGCCUAGUAAGUUCGGGAUCAUGCUCCUGUUUUCAUCACUUCCUGUCCUUCUGUGUAUGCUGACAGCAGCCAACUCAGAAGCAGAAAUCUCGGGCGAUGCCCAGAAGACGUGCUCAGUGAUUACCUGCGCCAUCCCGGGCAGAGACGGGCGAGACGGACCCAAGGGAGAAAAGGGAGAGCCAGGACAAGGGCUCCGAGGUUUGCAGGGCCCUCCAGGAAAAGUGGGGCCUCCAGGAAAUAUCGGGGCUCCUGGGGUUCCUGGGGCUCCAGGACUAAAGGGCCCCAAAGGAGACUGUGGAGAUAGUUCAGUUGUUGAGACAACGCUGGCUAACCUGGAGAGGGAGAUAAUGAGCCUGAAAUCAGAACUGGACCGUGUCAAAAAGUUGCAAACCUUCUCCUUGGGCAAAAAGACUGGGAAGAAGUUCUACGUGACCAAUGGUGAAGAGAUGACUUUUUCCAAAGUGAAGGCUCUGUGUGCUGAGCUCCAGGGCACUGUGGCCACCCCUAGGAAUGCCAAAGAGAACAAAGCCAUCCAGGAUGUAGCCAAGAGCACGGCCUUCCUGGGCAUCACGGAUGAGGUGACGGAGGGUCAGUUUAUGUAUGUGACGGGGGGCCUGACCUACAGCAACUGGAAGACUGGUGAGCCUAACGAUGCCAGUGGGGAGGACUGCGUGACCAUCCUGGAGGAUGGGCUCUGGAAUGACGUCUCCUGUGGCAUCCCCUACCUGGCCGUCUGUGAAUUCCCAGCCUGAGGAGGCAGCUACCUCAGCCCCCUCCUGACCUCCCUGCUCUGUUCUCUCCUGCUGAAAGAGAAUUCAUGGCUCUGCUAAUGUUGACUCAUUCCUUCAGGGGUAUGAUGGGAAGGAAAUAAAGGGGAAGGGUCUGGGAAUGAGGAAGCAAGAAGAGGUUGACAGCAGAGUCUGAGGGUUUCUGGUCCUGCCUAAGAGCACAGCAACAGGUCAGAGUCAGCCGUAGAAAUGGUCAAUUCAAUCCCUUCCUUAGUGAGGACCCCUCGGCCCACCAGACAGACCUGUGGAGGGACAGUCUGUGUCAGAACAGUGGACUUCAGCCUCAGGAGAUGCCGUUCUUUCUCUCCCACGUGUUGCCACUACGGGAUGCCAAUGUCUCCUGCCCUCUGUGCCUCCCCAUGGCCAGCCCGGCCCUGCAGGACGUGGGUGCUGUGCUUGGUUGUCCUUGAGCUGCACCCCCAGACCAGAACAUCCAGCAGUAUCCCCCAUGGGUAACAAGAGUUAGUUCCAGGAGUCCCCUUACCCUGCCCAAGUGGCAGCCUUUCCCUCCUACAUACCUUGAGGAUACCCAUUUGAUACUGUGAUGUAUGCCAGCAUCACGGAGGAGGCAAUGCCUGAGCGGGUUGUGUCCCUCUCCAUAGCACAGGUCUCAAUCCCUGCACAUUCAGCUUCCCCUUCCCUCUGUGACAUCCUCGUCCCAGCCUAAGUCCACAGGUCCAUUAUUAUAGAGACAAGAAGAAACACUCCCCAAAGGUAAGUUUCACACCCUGUCAAAUUAUCUAGCAUCAUUCAAAUUAUGGACAUCACCCUGUCAGAUCAUGCAGCAGCAUCGGGUCACCAGACAAAAUGUCCCCUGGGGACGCCUGGGAGGCUCAGUCGGUUAAGCCUCUGCCUUCAGCUCA